AUGGUCGGGGCGAGCCACAACGCCGUCCUCCAGGAAGCGAUCGAGGCGGCGGGGAGGAGCAAGGCCCGUGUCGUGGACUGGGCGCCGCAGCGGGACGUGCUCCGGCACCGCGCUGUGGGCUGCUUCCUCACGCACGCCGGGUGGAACUCCACGCUGGAGUGCGUCACCGAGGGUGUGCCGACGGUGUGCUGGCCUUUCUUCGCCGACCAGCAGACCAACAGCCGCUUCAUAGACGUCGUGUGGGGGACGGGGCUGGACAUGAAGGACGUGUGCGAGAGGGCGGUCGUGCAGAGGAUGGUGAGGCAGGCCAUGGAGUCCGGUGAGCUAAGGAGGUCGGCUCAGGCGCUGGCGCAGCAAGUCAGGCGGGAUAUCGCAGAGGGGGGCUCGUCUGCCACGGAGUUCAACAGGCUCAUCAGCUUCAUCAAUCAACUCAGCUUGCACGCCACCAAGUCCGGAUAAAGAAGUAGCAGAGGCCGAGGGCUACAGAAAUUUAAACAGGAGGCGCAAGCAGAAUACAGUAUCUUCUCACUUAUACAAAAAAGGAACGAAACAGGGGAAAAUAAAUGAUCGCAAAAUAUCCCCAAAAAUAAAGAAGUUCAUGUUAAUUAGUA